AUGGGAAAUGAUCAAAGUGGCGUUCGCAGUCGAAGUCAAGGCAGUAAAGAAUUAAAUUCUCCAACAAUCUCGAUGGGCGUUCCUGCUUCCUUCUCAUUUUUAGCUCGAAAAAGAAAUUCAACGAAAAGUUUGUUGUCGACAAGUAUUGUUGUUGUAAAUGAUGGAGCAUCAACUUCAGCCUCAAUUAGCGAUGUGAAUGCCGAAUUGGAUUUGAGGAGGAUUAAGGAAAUCCCUCAUUUCCUUCCAUUAAUGCAGGGUGUUUUGCCUGGUUAUCGAGAUCUACCUGAAAUUCUUUUGAAAAUUGAUUCUCGUCCAAUUUAUAGAUUUCUUCAGCGAUUACAACAACAUUUUCGGGAAUGUACUGAAGCAGUCACGACAGAACAAGGAAGAAUAUUUGCACAUAUUGUUGAGAUUGACCAAUUAGCUCUGUCUUUGGUAAAGAAAGUAACAAAUAGUAAUAAAAAAUUGGACGUUUUGGGAAAUGAACUAAAGAAGGUUGUUGUUAUUUCUGAACAGAUUGAUACUGCACAGGUUUCUUCGAAUUUUUUAAAUAUUUUUUUAGAAUAUUUUGAAAUAAAAAUUGGUAAUUUAUUAAGUAUUUAA